AUGGUGAGCGCUAUUCCUCGGCGGAAUGAUACUCGAUCCCCCGAGAAGCCGCGCAAACUCUCCAACUCGCGACUCAAAGGAGACAAACUCAUCGUCCGUUUAAAGCUGCGACCAUCAAUCCUCGCUCAAUUUCCCACAAAACCAAGAAGUCUAGAAGAAAAGCCUGCGACAAGACCACUCAUUAAAGAGCACAACACACAUCAACUCAAUUUCCUCAAUCAAUUCAUCGACGAGCAAUAUGCAGAGCUGGAACGGUUAAAGUCAGAGCUUGCCUACACGUUGGAAAACAUCGAAAACUAUACGCGUGUCCAGGAAAUGCAUUCCAAUACCUUGUCUAGAACUUUGGCGGAUGCAUGCGAUCUGGGCAUGACAAGCUGUGAGAAAGAAAAAGACGAUGGGGAUGGAACGAGGUUCUUGAAAGAUGACAUCCAUCAAAUGAGAGAGGGCCUGCAGAAUUGGUUCAGGAUUUUAAUGGAGGCAAAGCAGGAGGCUGCCGGCAAGAGAAAUCAGAUGUCAGUGAUAGCAUCGAUUAUCAAGGACGUGGAGAAAAAAAGACGGGCGCUGAGUCAAUCAACUUGA